UUCAUCCCCUUGGUGAACUGGGAUUCCCUCCAACACAGAAGAUGUCUUACUGCCCACCCCAGGAUUGUUAUCCCGAUAUAUGCCCACGUCCAUGUAUUGACGUCCGCAACGAGCCGUGUAUCUCAUCAUGCGGAGAUUCGACUGCAGUGGUCUAUGCGCCACCAGUUGUUGUGAGAUUCCCGGGACCAACUAUGGCUACAUGUCCUCAAGACAGCUUCGUAGGAAGCUCCUUACCAAAUUUGCCAAUUAGACCUGGGGGCUCAUAUGGUGGCUCAAUUAGUUAUGGGGGAGGUUAUGGUGGUGGUUACGGGGGAGGUAACAGUGUUGUUGGUUCUGGUGGAGGAUUCGGAGGCUCAACUGGUUAUGGGGGAGUUUAUGGAGGUGGAGCCGGGAGUGGUUAUGGGGGUGGUUAUGGGGGUGGAGCCGGGGGUGGUUAUGGGGGUUGUUAUGGAGGCUCAUAUGGUUCUGGAGGUUCACGUGGUUAUAGCAAGAAGUCAUAUCGUAGCAUUUCUGGAGGAGGAUAUUCUGGAGUCAACCGUGGAAACUGUGUGCAAUCUUAAACCCAGAAGAACGAUCCGAGGAAUGAGAAACAAUCAGGAAAUGACAAGAUAGAGAUUCACCACUGAUCUGAUGGACAAUGAUGCCUACAACUCGACUUGCAGAC